GCACAUUUCUUCCGUUUAAAGGGAGCUGAACGGUGUUUACAGUUGCACCCAUGAGACGGGUGAGUAUCAUACACAUUUUUGAUAUAAGAUCUUCAGGGUGAGUGUUACAGUGGUGACGUCAGGAGCAAAGAGCAGCAGGCAGUGAGCGCGAGGCGAAUACGCGAGACACAACCUGUGCCGGUGCGCAUCUUCCCAAACUUCUCCAGCGCUGUCCGAGAGCGCGGAGCGACACACAACCACCAGCAGAGAGAAGAGCAUCGGGGCGAGCGAUGAAUAACAAUUCUACCAAUUUAAACACGAGUCCGCCGCGGGUCGGUGGCGGCGGCUCCGGGACUGUGGACCACGAACUCGUCAUCACCUCCACUUUCGGGACGCUUCUCUCCGUGGUCUACAUCAUCGGGGUGUCGGGGAAUGUGUACACCCUGGUGGUGAUGUGUCACUCGAUCCGCUUCGCCACUUCCAUGUACAUCUCCAUCAUCAACCUGGCUCUGGCGGACCUGCUCUACCUCUCCACCAUCCCCUUCGUGGUGUCCACCUACUUCCUAAAGGACUGGUACUUCGGGGACGUGGGCUGCCGCAUCCUGCUCAGCCUGGACCUCCUCACCAUGCACGCCAGCAUCUUUACCCUCACCGUCAUGUGCACGGAGCGCUAUCUGGCCGUCACCAAGCCGCUGGACACGGUAAGACGCUCCAAGAGUUACCGCAAAGCUCUGGCGUGGGGGGUCUGGCUGCUUUCUCUGGUUCUCACUGUGCCCAUGAUGAUAAUGGUCGCCCAGACCACUAAGAACACGCCCGAUGGGGGCGUAAAGAGGAUGUGCGCACCCACCUGGGCACCCCUGGCUUAUAAAGUGUAUGUGACUGUCCUGUUUGGCACCAGCAUCAUGGCCCCGGGGCUCAUUAUCGGUUACCUGUACGUCAAGUUAGCCCGCACUUAUAUAGAGUCCCAGCGCAACUCUGUGAUCAGCAAGGGCGGCAAGCGGUCACCAAAACAGAAAGUGCUGAUCAUGAUCUUCACCAUCGUGCUGGUGUUCUGGGCGUGCUUCCUGCCGUUCUGGAUCUGGCAGUUGCUGCCUCUGUACCACAGCAAGCCCCUGAGCCUGGCCUCGCAGACGCACACCUGCAUCAACUACCUGGUGGCCAGCCUCACGUACAGCAACAGCUGCAUUAACCCUUUCCUCUACACGCUCCUCACCAAGAACUACAGGGAGUACCUGAAGAACAGGCACAGGAGCUUCUACAGGUACACGUCGUCGUUUAAGCAGCGGCCGCCCAGCCUCUACUCGUGGGGGAAGUCUGCGUCCUCCAGCAACCAGUUUGAGUUCAACUCCGAGACGCUGGUCAUGGGGACACUGAAGUGACUUCUGAGUCACGUGGAAGAGAAGAGAAAGCUUUUGGAACCGCAAUAGGUAGGUGAUGACCUCUGCAUUACGCACAGGCCGGUGCGCACUGCUGACCAAAGUCACAGGCCUAAUACUUUCUCACCAUGCAUUUUUCUGUGUGGAUUAUUUUCAAGCAAUAUAAUCGUUUCUAGUCUGAGGAAACCCAUUUAUUCCAUCCAUGUUUGGCCGUUUUCGAGCCCUAAAUCCCAGUGAGCCCCAUUAGCCCUUACUCCUCUUUCUGCUGCGCUCUUUCACCUCCUCACCCUCAGAGGAGGAACUGAGGGCUUUUAUAUGAAAUACAAAGAAUACAACAAUGGAGCAGCCAACCCAGUUUAGAUAAAAUAUUUAGU